GCAACUAGUUGGAGAAACCUCUUUUUUUCCCAAGCCAUAGAAAACCAUGCCUGCUUACUGCUUCUCAUAUAACCUGAUGCUCAAUAGCUUGGACGAGAGAGUGAAAGAAGAGAGAGUGAAAGCCUAAACUUCGGACCAAUAGCAGAAGAAGCCUUGUUAUACUAAUAGCAGAGCAGAAAUGGUUUUUAAAGAAACGAUGCACAGAAGCAAAGACUUCUACAAGAAAACUUUUUAUAACCUCGAGAGCUUCUUCUGUGGAGGAUACAAAAAACUACCCAAAACCCUUUCCUUGAAUCCUUGCUUUUGUGGGAGAGACCUGAAAUAUCACCCAACAGAUGAGUUUUACACUGAUUAUUAUGAUGAGUGGGAGCCUACUAUAGAUGAGGUGAAGAAGAGAGAUAGUACAUCAAAAGAAACAAUCAAGGAUGGAGAUCCAUGUACUGAAAGCUUCAUCAUGUUCCCAAAGCAAAGUCCUAAGAUAAACAAACAAGAAGGGGGGUUGUUAAGAGACAAGAAGUCUAGUGGAAGGUCUCGUGAUCUUGGAAAAGGAAAAGAUCAGUUACCAUUCCAAAACAUGAAUGGAAAUAAAGGGAGCAAUGUUCUAGCAAAGAGGAUGAAGGAAUUCGAAAUGGUGGAUACAGGUGAUGUGGAGCAGGUGUUGGAUGUAGAAGAGGCACUUCACUACUACUCUCGCCUCAAAAGUCCGGUGUACCUUGACAUUGUUGACAAGUUUUUCUUGGACAUGUACUCAGAUUUCUCAGUCCCACCAGCACCAUCGAUCAGUAUCAACAAUUCAAGGCAGAGAUUUGGCUCCAUUAGGUUGUAGUUGCUGUGCUAGUAAGAUUUUACUUGUGCAUAUAAAAUUUGUUGAUCUUUCCAGUACUUAGUUUCACUUGUGUGUUUGUUACUGCCUGGGUUGAUUUUGGUUUUCAUGCUUGAAAUAUUUUCCUCUUUUUCGACUAAACAAAUUUGUUCUUGUUACACUAUCAAACAAUGCAGUAUCAUUACCUUUUAUGGUGAAAAUACUUAAUUGGAAGCAGUAACAGCACAUAU